GUUUGAAAGAAGUAGCUCUCUUGAAAGUCUGAUCUUCCUCCAACAAAAUUAGCACAUUCUACUGCCUAAAUGUUAAUUAUUUACAGACUUGUCUGUGGUUAGACAUUUGUCCUGAAAUUUCUUGCUGGGGUAAGUUCACCAGUGACAGCACUAGAGUGCACAAGACAAUGAUAGUUGCCAGAGUUUUAAGCACCAGGUCAUGUAGAACUUUUUAGGCAGAAAAUCAGCUGUAGCCUGGAGACCUGUCUCCCCAGGCACUCCUACUUGUGGAGCUGCACCAAUAUUAGCAACAGUGAGGAAAUUUUAGAGAGAAGGGGUGACAGUAGGCACAGUCUAACCAGGUGAAUGUUCCCUGUGGAAGCAUAUUGCUCAAUUUUGGCCUCUUCCACUUGAUAUCAGGGAUUAAUUAGCAGCCUGACAAAUUAUACUUUUCACAGCAAAGCUUGUGGGUUUGUCAUGUUUAUUUUAGGAUUUAAUAACACUAUCAGCCAAGAAGCGAUGGGUGCAGUAAAUUUCAAUAGUAGACUUGCAUCCUCCAGAGCAUUUUUAUGGCUAUUAUACUGCAUUUAUUUUCUCUCCUCUUGCAAACCCAUAUUGCAGUGACUCUCUGGAGCCCCUGGGCAUUGCUCCUUGAGCCUGCAGGAGGGGAUUACUAAAAGGAGAGACAGACACACAUGAGGAAAGCAUUAUUGUAAAAACCAUAAGGAAGAUGUGGAGGAUUCUUGCAUUUAGAUGUCAAUUUUCUUGAACUGCCUGAACAUCCAGCAGGUUUACAAAGUAUUGGUCUCCGUUGGUAGAAAUGAGUGGUUUGUCUUCAGGCGAUAUGCUGAGUUUGAUAAACUGUACAACACACUGAAGAAACAAUUUCCCACUAUGAACCUGAAGAUUCCAGCUAAAAGAAUAUUUGGAGACAAUUUUGAUCCAGAUUUUAUUAAACAGAGAAGAGCAGGACUGAAUGAAUUCAUUCAAAAUUUAGUUAGACAGCCAGAGCUAUGCAACCACCCGGAUGUCAGAGCAUUUCUUCAGAUGGACAAUCCAAAGCAUCAGUCAGAUCCAUCUGAAGAUGAGGAUGAAAGGAGCAAUCAGAAGCUAAACUCUACCUCACAGAAUAUCAACCUGGGACCAUCUGGAAAUCCUCACGCUAGGCCAACAGACUUCGACUUCUUGAAAGUUAUUGGGAAAGGCAGCUUUGGCAAGGUUCUUCUUGCAAAACGAAAACUGGAUGGGAAAUUUUAUGCUGUCAAAGUACUGCAGAAAAAAGUUGUUCUCAACAGGAAAGAGCAAAAACAUAUUAUGGCUGAACGUAAUGUACUGUUGAAAAAUGUGAAACAUCCAUUUUUGGUUGGAUUACAUUACUCAUUCCAAACAACAGAAAAGCUUUACUUUGUUCUGGAUUUUGUUAAUGGAGGGGAGCUGUUCUUUCAUUUACAAAGAGAGCGCUCCUUUCCUGAACAGAGAGCCAGAUUUUAUGCUGCUGAAAUAGCCAGUGCAUUGGGCUACUUGCACUCCAUAAAUAUUGUAUACAGGGAUUUGAAACCAGAAAACAUUCUCUUAGACUCAUUGGGACAUGUUGUCUUAACAGAUUUUGGACUCUGUAAAGAAGGGAUUGCUAUCUCAGACACCACAGCAACCUUUUGUGGGACACCAGAAUACCUUGCCCCAGAAGUGAUCAGAAAACAGCCUUAUGACAACACAGUAGACUGGUGGUGCCUUGGUGCGGUUCUUUAUGAAAUGCUUUAUGGGUUGCCUCCAUUUUACUGCCGUGAUGUUCCUGAGAUGUAUGAAAAUAUUCUUCACAAACCUCUAUAUGUGCGCCCAGGAGUCAGUCUUACAGCCUGGUCUAUUCUGGAAGAACUCUUGGAAAAAGACAGACAAAAGAGACUUGGAGCAAGAGAAGACUUUCUUGAAAUUCAAAGGCAUCCUUUCUUUGAAUCUCUCAGCUGGGCUGACCUUCUUCAGAAGAAGAUUCCACCACCAUUUAAUCCUAAUGUGGUUGGCCCAGAUGAUAUAAGGAAUUUUGAUGCAGCUUUUACAGAAGAAAUGGUUCCUUACUCAGUUUGCAUUUCCUCUGGUUAUAACAUUGUAAAUGCCAGUGUGCUGGAGGCAGAUGAUGCAUUUGUUGGAUUUUCUUAUGCACCACCUUCUGAAGACUUGUUUCCCUAGGAGGUUAGGAGCCGACAGAUGCUGCACAAGUACAAGUCUGAAGAUGGACUGAAACAUGAGUGUGAACGUAGUCCAGAAUAUGUGUAACUAGUGCCUCAUUUUAUAUGUAGGGUUGAAACCAAUGAACAAACAUUUUCUGCUGUAUAUGAGGAAAUUGGGCAUUUCAGAUGGCUUUCUGUGGGAUUUAAACUGUUAUACCUGCUGCAUAAAAAUAUUUUUAAAAUGAAGAUCUCUAAAAGCUGUUCCUUUACAUUAAUCUGUUUUUAAGCAAACACACUGUUUUUUUUUUUCUCCAGGUUUACAUUAAUACCGAUCCAGGAUUUGGUUGUCUUUCAGCAGCAGCAAACUUAUAAAUGCCUUUGUAACUAUUUACAGUGACUUUGUGCUUGAAUUGUAACUAUGCAAUUGUCUUUUGUAUAUCAUUGUUUAAAAAAAGAUAAAUAUUUCCCGUUAUAUCACCUUUUGAAAUAUAAGUUCAUUACUUUACAGCACUUACUCUAAAAUUUAAUUCCUCAUUGAAGAAUAAGUAGAUACUUUAAGGAUCUGCAAACUGAAAAGUUGCUCGUUUAGGAUCAAAUUGCCAUCCUUACUCAUCUUCAUAAAUACCUUACUUCUGAAGUAUUCCUUUCAAUUUCUACUGGAUUAUUUGAGAUAUAAAGCACUACUCAAUGAGAAUAAGGGUAGCACAAACUAGCACCAAAUAUUUGGUAACACUACUAAAUACAUUGUCUAUAAUGUUCUUUUCUGAUGAAGAAAUAUCUGAAUCUCAUCUGCACUAAAAAAUAUUUUGCAUUAAAAUUCUAUUUUUCCAAAGAGUUGGAGGGCAAUAAUCAUUGCUACUUUUAAAGGCAGUCUUGCUAUGACCCUGUAGACAGGAGAUGGUGCCAAAAGUUAGGAUUAUUUUGUGUGUAUCUGGAAUACUAAUAUAUUCUAAAUGAACUGUAUCAGAAUUCAUAGUUUCUUGUCUUUCUAUGUUCUAAUGUAUCAGCUCUUAAAUCUUCACUUGAUAGUUAGGAAAAAUAACUAUUAAACAACCUUUUGAUUACUUUUAAGAAUGUGAAGAGAGAUUGUACACAGUGUGUCUCUUUUGAUAUGCACAUAUAACCAAAAUGCUAACAUUGA